CCGUGGUGACCUCCUAGGAUGGAUUUUUGCUGGCUUAUCCCAUUUGAUAAGGAUGGGGGGUUUCCCCCAAAGUCUUGGAGGCAUUUGUGAGGAUGGGAUAAGCCAGGUCCCCACAGGCACCCUCAUUUGCCUGGGUGUGGGAAGCCACCAGGACAGCAUAGCAUGGGGGUCCCACCACCCUGGAGGGGAUCAGCAACAACACCUGAUGGCUGCGGUGAGGGACUGGAGAAGUAAUUAAUCCUGCUGUGAGGCUGCACAGGCUGAUCUAGCAGGACUGGGUCACCUGUUGUUCAGAGGAGGUGGCUCCCAGCGCUCGGGCUCCAAUGUCAGACACAGGGAUGAGUCCCAGAGCAUUGCAGGGGCUCGUUGCACGGUUGUUGGGCAAGAAAGCACAGGGUUCACCCCUCUGUGGCAAGCUCAAGGUGGGCGGUGACGGAUUUCCCAUGGGUUGUCCACUUUCCUGACGGUUGUACUCCUCCCAAAUGGUUGUGAACCUUCCCAGUGGUUGUGCACAUUCCCAAGGAGUGGGGGACCUUCCCAACAGUUAUGGAACUUCCCAGGGAUUGCACACCAUUCCAAGAGUUAUGCACCUUUCCAAGGGUUGUGGAUCUUCCCGAGGGUUGUGGACUGUCCCAUUGUGCACCCUCCCAAGGGUUGUGCAUGAGCAAGAGGAACACGGGAGGGGAGGAUGGAGUCAGACAGCAGAUCAAGAAGAAAGGCAAGGAGGGACUUCUGAGGACGUAUCACUAACCCCCCUAUCUCUUCCAGCGCCUGGCACCAGCCGAUGCUGACAUCCCUCCCCAGAUUCACCGUACCCUCCACUCCCAUCCCAGGGCUCCCACCCCGCCAUGCCCCAGCAGAGCUGCAGCCCCUCCACCUGGGGCUCCCCAACCCAUCCCAUGUGCCACCAGUCAAUCCGUCCUGCGCCAUGAGCGGGGCUGUGCGGUUCCCCUGCGUCAGGGUGCAUAGCUGAGGGAUGGCCUCGCUGGACCUGCCCUACCGGUGUCCGCGGUGCGGGGAGCACAAGCGCUUCCGCAGCCUCUCCUCGCUGCGGGCGCACCUGGAGUACAACCACACCUAUGAGACCCUCUACGUCCUCUCCAAGACCAACAGCAUCUGCGAUGCUGCCGUGUUCCCCCUGGCCGCCGACGGGGCCCUGCUGACACCGGCCGCCCGGCGGGACUACUUCGAGAGCACCUCCUUCCAAGGCAAGGACCAGCGCUUCUCCUGUGACCUCGUCCCUGCUGAGGAGCUGGAGCCAGCCUCCUCCUCCUCCCCCUCUCCCCGCUAUGUCCACGAGAUCGAGAUCCCUCUGACGGAGAUCUUCACCCGGGGCAAAGCUGUGGCACCAGCCCCCACGCCACCAGCCACUAUGGACGCUGCCUACGAGGAAGGCUUGGCUCGCCUGAAGAUCCGUGCCUUUGAGAAGCUAGAGGUGGACAAGCGUCUGGAGAAGCUGACGGAGGAGGUGGAGCAGAAGAUCGCCUCACAGGUGGGCCGGCUCCAGGUGGAGCUGGACCGCAAGAGCUCAGAGCUGGAGAAGGCCAAGCAGGAGAGCCUGCGGCUCAGUCGGGAGAAGCAGGAACUGGAGGACCGGGCAUCUGAACUGUCCCGCCAGGUGGAUGUCAGCGUGGAGAUGCUGGCCUCCCUCAAGCAGGACCUGGUGCAGAAGGAGCAGGAACUCACCCGCAAGCAACAGGAGGUGCUGCAAAUCGACCAGUUCCUGAAGGAGACGGCUGCCCGCGAGGCCAACGCCAAGGUCCGCCUCCAGCACUUCAUCGAGGAGCUGCUGGACCGGGCAGACCGGGCUGAGAAGCAGCUCCAGAUCAUCAGCAGCAGCUGUGGCACCACCCCAAAUGGCAGCCUGGGACGCUGUGGCACGCCGGGGGCCAAGGCCGCCAUCCGACCGGUACCUCCGCGGGCACAGCGAGACCGGCACCCGGGGCCAGGGGUGGCUGUGCACGGUCCCUACGGCGUGUCCAACCAGCGCUCCUCCUCCAGCACUGGUGCCUCCAGCCGGGCGAAGGCGGUGUCGCAGAGCUCGGGCUGCUACGACAGCGACAGCGCGGAGCCGUGUCCCACCGACGACACCGCCGACGGACACCCCUACCCAGCGCGGGACGGCGCCCGGGGCUCGGGGCUGCGCCGGCAGGCCAUCCAAAACUGGCACCGCCGGCCCUACCGCAACAGCACCGAGGGCGAGGAGGGGGACGUCUCCGACGUGGGCUCCCGCACCACCGAGUCGGAGGCCGAGGGCUGGGAGCCGGAGGCACCCGGAUCAGCCGCAUCCCGACCCACCGGCAGCUGCCGCCUGACGGCCAGGACCGAGGGGGCUGGGGGCAAGGCGGGCCGGCUGGAGAGGGGCAGCCCAGGCCACUCCAGCGAGGUGAUCAGCCCGGAGAUUCUCAAGAUGCGGGCAGCUCUCUUCUGCAUCUUCACUUACCUGGACACCAAGACCCUGCUGCGGGCAGCCGAGGUGUGCAAGGACUGGAAGUUCGUGGCCCGACACCCAGCCGUGUGGACGCGGGUGCUGCUGGAGAAUGCCAGGGUGUCCUCCAAGUUCUUGGCCAUGCUGUCUCAGUGGUGCACCCAGAUGCACUCCCUCACCCUCCAAAACCUCAAGCCACGCCAGCGGGGGAAGAAGGAGAGCAAAGAGGACUACAUGAAGAGCACACGGGGCUGUCUGGAAGCUGGGCUGGAGUCUCUGCUGCAGGCGACGGGCAGCAACCUUCUCAUCCUCCGCAUCUCGCACUGCCCCAACGUGCUGACGGACCGCUCGCUCUGGCUGGCCAGCUGCCACUGCCGGGCCCUGCAGGCUGUCACCUACCGGAGCUCCACAGACCCCGUGGGUCAUGAAGUCAUCUGGGCCCUCGGAGCAGGUUGCAGGGACAUCAUCUCCCUCCAGGUUGCACCUCUGCAUCCAUGCCAGCAGCCAACACGUUUCAGCAACCGCUGCCUUCAGAUGAUCGGCCGGUGCUGGCCACACCUGCGGGCGCUGGGCAUUGGAGGGGCAGGCUGCGGUGUCCAGGGACUGGCAUCCUUAGCCCGAAACUGCAUGCGGCUUCAGGUCUUGGAGCUGGAUCACGUGGCAGAGAUCAAUCAGGAGGUUGCAGCAGAGAUGUGUCGAGAGGGGCUGAAGGGGCUGGAGAUGCUAGUACUGACCUCCACGCCGGUCACCCCCAAAGCCCUGCUGCACUUCAACAGCGUGUGCCGGAACCUGAAGUCCAUCGUUGUGCAGGUGGGCAUUGUGGACUACUUCAAGGAGCCCCACAGCCCUGAAGCCAAGAAGAUGUUUGAAGAAAUGGUGAACAAACUCCAGGCCCUGAGGAAGAGACCCGGCUUCUCCAAGAUUUUACACAUCAAAGUGGAAGGAGGCUGUUAGACCUUCAGGGAACCACAAAGCACAUUCCCUCUUCAGCCCGGCACAGCCAGAGGCCCCAUGAAACCAAACCCACUGUCUGCCGCUCAUCCGUUGCUGGACCUGGAGCACGGAGAUGCCGGCCCAUGCACAAAAAACCCAAACUCUUGCAGGCCUUAGUGACUGGCAGCCGGUGCUCAUCCCCGGGGCCAGCUCGCAGGCGAGAAGGUGCUACUUAAGGAAAUUUUUUGGCUGCCACAAGAGGCAGAGCUACACUCUUUCCCAGGAGGGAAGAUGGCUUCGAAACCCCUGCGGCUGCUCGUUGCCAAGGAUCCUUGUUUGGGGAAUGUCUUUUUCUUUGAACUCUCUUUCUGAUGGUUUUUUUUUUUCGGCCGUUCAAAGGUGUGGGAACUGAGGAUGGAUCAUUCUGUCCCCAUGAGCUCUUUGCAGAGCGCUGGGCUUGGUGCCACUGCAUCACGGCUGGACUGUCCCCAUUCUCUCUGUGGGCUGGUGGAGCUGGGGUGGGAAGGGGGCAUUCCUGCAGAGGAAAUAGUGCCCAGCAUUCCUGCAGGGUUUCUGCUAGUUCUCAUUUCAUUUGUUUAACAUCAGGGCACCCAAAACUAGGGAAAUACUGCCCAGAAACCAGCAGCCAUGACAGCACAAGCCUGGAUGGCAGAGCUGUAUCUCGGGGGCUGUAGGAGCCAGAGGACACCAGAAGAAAUGGUCACUCUUCCAGAGGCCUCCAGCCUCACCUCCUCUCCACCCAGGCCCUCCCUGCCAAGGCAAUAAACCAUCUCCAAAUCCUCAUCCACCAGGAAACACAGGUCACGCUUCUGUCCCCACCAACAUCCACCAGCCACUCAGACUCCCUCCAGAGUGAGUUGCCCAUGUGGAGAGAGGGACUGGCAUGGGACACCCACGUUUACCAUCUCAUUGCCUUCCCAGGCAGCCUGAAGGAGAAAUCCUGGCCAAAUUGUCCUGAAAUCCAAAGCUGCUGGUGAAAACACCAACUCAACUGCCCUAGUAGAUCCCUUAUCUAUGGCCACAGCUAUUUGGUUUUUUUAAUUCUGCUUUUUUCUUCUGGCUGUUUUCUGCCUGCAAGGACGUCAUCGCCUCCAAAAUACCCUUUUUCCAAAUGAAAAAGCUUUUGAAAGGCAUCUGGCAGGAUCAGGCGUCUCCAUCCUCCAGCCUAAGGAGAAGGUGCCAGGAGGUGCCCACACCAUGGGGCACACACAUCACAGCACUGCCAGCAGCAGGGACACACUGGCCUUAACCACAGCCCCCUACCACCCUGAGCCCCAGCCAGACGUGCUUGGACCUGACAUGCUGAGCUGAGGGAAGCCAACUGGGAAAAGCAGAUUUUGUGAGUUUGUCCUCUCCUUUGGGCCAUCGUUGGAGGUUUCACUGUCUGUUGGCUGGCAUGGCUGCAAGGAGACAGCCCUUCCUUGGGCAUCUCCCCUUCCUCCAGCCCUCCUGGGGUGACUUCCCCAGGAGGAAGAAGGCUACAGACCCAUCCUGGUACUACAUUCCUCAUCCACGUCACAAGAGCUGCAGACCUCAGCCGGGGGCUCCCAGCAUGCUGACAGCCCAGGAGACCCCGAUAGAAAACAAAAUCUGUUCCAAAUCACUGAAGCUGGUAGUGGGCUAGAGGCAGCUCCUGAGUCUCCAACUCCAGAAAGCACCUCAGGAGAUCAUUUCAUCCACGCCUUGUCCUGUCCUGCUGUCUCCUCUGAAACGGGGAAGGGUUUAUUGGCCAUAACCCCCCAUUUGAAGCACCUCUGUUCUCCGGCUGACUAAGCUUUCCAGGAGAAGGCUGUUCCAUGUAUGCACAAAUUAUGGGAGCCCAAAAGAACACCUGCAAGAAACUACUGCAUCCCACCAUGCCCCCGUGGGCAGCAUUGGAUGAGCUCCCCGGCACUGGGGAUGAGCUCACUGCCAUGCCCACCAUCCCGGGGAGGCUGGGACACGCGUAACCCAGGGGCAAGAGGAGCAAAGGAUGCCCCAACCAGCAAAAAACCCACCCAGCAAAGCUAAAACCCCCCGAGUUUUAGCCAUCCCACACGCAUGGUCCCAGUGGAGAAGUCACCAUUUGAAACGGCGCAGAGACUUGCAAAAUUCCCUUAAAAAUAAAACAAAGUAAGUAUUUAUUUCUAUAAAGAAAAGAAGGAAAAAAAAAAAAGAUUUUAAAGGAAAAUUAUAUACUCAGCAUGUUUAUACACUCUAUGCUUAAAGACUAUCAUGUUGGAGAGUCAUGUCUGAAGACUGAAGGUGGCUGCUCCGGGUUUCCUGCUAACCCAGGCCCAGCCACUCACCCGGCUCAUCUGGGUCAUGGGGAAGGUGAAGAUGGGGUGAUGGAAAGCAGGGGGAGAAGCUGAGGACUCUUGGAGAAACCUUCUAUGCUCACCAGUGAGGCCAGCACGGCUGCUGGUGCCAUCAGUGGCUGUGUCUGCUGGUGGCCAUGGUGGCGUGGAGUGUGGGUAGGUGUGUGACGUCCCUGUUCCCCACUGCCGCGAGGGUUUUGUAAGUCAUGGCAGAAGAACCUCACCCAAAUUUGGUGCUUCAAUGUAUCUUCAAGACCAGAGUAAACCAUCUGCCUCCCCUUGGGACAUUCCCAAAAAGUCCAGCUUCUGGCUUAGCAAAGCCAUGUUUUUACAAAAAUCCUGCGAUGACACAAGACCUUGAGCAGUUUCAAGGAUUGGAAGAUGGAAAGGAGGGUCUUUUACCCAUUUUUCUUGAUGCCUAGGCUUGGAUGAGUCCCUUCCUCCAUCUCCUCCUCAGCUGAAGAUGAAGGUGGCUGGCACAGGCUUAGUGGUAAUGAGACCCCUGUGUCUCCCUGUCCCUCCUGGUAGCUCCUAAUUGCCCAGAUUGUUAAUGGCAACGAGCUCAUUAACAGCUCCGUAUCUCUUCCGCUGAAAUGUCAUAUUGAUUUCCCUGCUGCUUUCCCUCUCCAUUCCACCGGUGCGUGGCCCUGUUGGGUCCCCCACAAAUCCCCAUCGCCGACCCCCAUCCCUACGGGAUGCUCGGGUGGCGCUGCUCAUGGCUGUAGGAUUCACCACAUCAACCACAGCUUUUCAACCCCAUUUCUUCUGGAAAUGGUGGAGAUGCACAGAAAUACCAAAUCCUCUGGGAAAGCCUUGAAACCACGCGGUGUAUUUGGGUGCUGAUUGAUAGAGAAGGGACAGCUGCAGUAUGAGCUCAGCCCCAUACUAGACCCUAGAGAAGCCCCAGAGGGGCUCUGCGAUGACAAUCCCCAGCAAAAGCCAGGGCACAGCCACCCAACCCAGGUCAAGCAUCCACAGUGAGCAGCUUUCGGUUGGGGUCAUGGUGAUGGUCAGGACUGGCAGGGGCUGGAUGGAUGGUGCUGCCAGUUCCUGCCAGGUUUGGUGCCUGCAGGACAAGUUUUGGGGGCAUUUCUUCCUUUUCUAGUGAGUUAGCCCAAAGUUUCCUUGUGGCCAACACUCGCGACAUUCCGUGUCUCUCGAAUUUGGAUGCUGGUCAGGGAUCUCAAGAGGAACAACACCAGCAAAGUCAGCUUGGGGGCUAAAGUUAUCCAUGUUUUUCUGUCUCGCCUCAUGUGUUGGAUUUUGCUCAUCAUCCACAGCUGCGAGUCCCCAGGAGCUAGGAAUGCUCUGGGGACCGGCUGUCUCCUGCCUUCAUCCCUCUGCCCCCAGCUUGGGGGUGUCCAGGGGUGUGAGGUCUCUAGAAAAAGGGGGAACGCCCCCAGUUUGGGUCUGUCCAAGGAGGUUUUUAAACCUCUUUAUCAAGCAAAGAAGGCAAGGAAAAAAAAGAUAUGCCACCUCGCACCACAUGUGACAGUCCCAGCUGCCACCACGGCCGGCCCUUGGACAGCUCGUUUGGAUCCUCCAAAAGGCUCCAAAUUUGGCUAAAACAGAACAACAAAAAAAAACCACGAAAAGUGUUGAUAAAGGCCCUUAAUGUAGUUGAACAAUGCUUCCUUCUCAGCUCUUAGAGGAACCCACCCCAGGAGCUGGCGCAUCGCUUCAGCUGAUCGCUUUUGGGUUGAAAACCUGCAGGUUCGGGUGGCAGGAAAGCAUUUGGGAACCGGUGCCAAAUGACAAAAUGCUUUAAAAAAAAAAAAAGAAAAAAGAGAGGGAAAAAAAAAUAAUCAGGGAGCGGGGAGAUUUUA